UGAGAUAGCACCUCACCUUUAGUUGCUCAAUUAUUUUGUAAGUCACGCUGACUCUGUGCAUUUUAAAGACAAAAUAAAGUCCAAAGGAACUCAUCUUUCCCCCUUGCAGUUCCUCACCCUGAGAUAAACGGCUCAACCUUCAGCCACCUCAAGUUGCUUUUAAAUAAGGAAAAGACUAUGUGCAGGCUGACAAGCAGGAAGUCAUUUACAGAAAACGUCCAUUUCUCUUUUUUUUUUAAUGCAUCUUAAACUGUAUUCUGUGAAACAACUAAAAGUUGAGCUAUUUGCUUGUGGAACUUAUUAUUUCGAGUAAGAUACACGAAGUAAAAUAGAAGCUCGAGGCGCAGGUGACAUUGUGCUACAUGUUCCUGAAGCAACGCUGCUCAUACAGCCACGUGGUUAAAAAUGCAUUUCCUUGUAAUGGAACAACUGUAAUACUGGGCUGUGCGCAGGAAUCCCUGUUACCCGGGGGGGAACGCAGCUCAAGAGCGGGAAUUAAGCACAGAAAGUCCAUUUCACUCAUUUCCAUUUUGUUUAAAACCGAUUCAGCACACGCAACGCAGCUGAAAAAUGGUAUCUGAUUGUUAGGCUUUAUGUACGUCUCUGCCGAAUUUGGCAGUUCUAGGGCCUGCUGGAAACGGGCCUACACUUAAACAUGCGAAAUUGCUAUGAAAGAGCUGCUGUUGGCGGCAGCUCAGCAAAGAAAGCUCUAGAAACCGUGCAUCAAAGCGCGCCUACGUCGCUCCGCUUAAAGGAGGGACCGGGCGGCUCUGGCACUCCCGGACACGCCGUCCGUGGCCCAGUGCUGCCCUUCGGCCGCGCCCAAGCGGUGCGCACCGGUGCUGGGCGCGGAUGCGUCCCCGGGCGUGGGCGUGGGACGAAGCACCCGGGCGGCCCCGCGGGCGGCUGUCACUGGGCGGCCCGGCUCCGCUCGGCCCGGCUCCGCGGCGGGAGGGGAGCGAGGGAAGAUGUCGGCGGGCACCGCUACCCGCGCGGCCUGCGGGGCCCGGCGGAGGAGGAGGAAGAAGAGAAGGAAGAGGCGAAGGGGCCCGGCCCGCCCGCUCCCUCCCCACGGGCGCGCAAGGCUGAAGGGAAGGCGGUGCUCAUAACAGGCUGUGACAAAGGUUUUGGACAUGCCUUGGCAAAACAGCUUCAUGCGAAGGGAUUUACUGUUUUUGCUGGAUGCUUGCUAGCUGAUGAGAAUGGAGACGGAGCCAGGGAGCUGAAGAACAUGAAGUCAGAUCGCAUGAAAGUGCUACAGAUGAAUGUGUGCAGCGACCAGGAGGUGGCUCAGGCCGUGGAUUAUGUGAAGACCACCCUGAAAGACCCCGAGGAAGGUCUGUGGGGCCUGGUGAACAAUGCUGGUGUCUCAACUUUUGGAGAGGUGGAAUUUACAAGUUUAGACAACUACAAGGAGGUGACAGAGAUCAACCUGUGGGGCACCGUGAGGGUGACGAAGGCUUUUCUGCCCCUCAUUCGCAGAGCUAAAGGCCGUGUAGUGAAUAUCACAAGCAUGUUAGGGCGGAUGGUGAGUCCAUCUCGCUCCUGCUACUGCAUUUCCAAGUACGGAGUGGCAGCCUUCUCCGACUGCCUCCGGCAGGAGAUGUAUCGCUGGGGUGUCAGAGUCAUCCUCAUUGAGCCCAGUAACUUUGUGGCAGCGACCGGCAUCCUGACAGAGGACGGCAUCGACAAGCAGGCUGAGGUGCUGUGGAGUGGGGCCAGCAGCACUGUGCGGGAGGACUACGGGCGGGAGUACUUCACUCGCCACGUGGCCCUGAUGAAGUCCUUUGUUAACAGCGGCCUGAAGGACAUGUCUCUUGUCUUGAAUGACAUCACUGAUGCGCUCAUUUCCGCACACCCAAACAACCGCUACAACCCCAUGGAGACCUACUGGUGGAUGAGACUGCAAGUCGUGACUCACCUGCCUACUGCCAUUGCUGACUGGCUUUACAUUCCUGGAGCCACGCUGUGAAUGGCCAUCCUUCAAGCAUCCUUCCAGUGCUUGCAUGUAUGCACAGCUCAGAGCUGACUUAGUUCUACCCUCACUGCUGGUGCAUCUCCUCUUUAGAAGUUUGUGCCUUCGGUUUGGGUUAUGGCUUCACAUCUUGUGUUGUAGGAUGCUGAUAAAAGUUAUGUCUUUUCUGUCUCUUUCCUAACUUGGUCUUUGUAUUCCCUGCUACCCCGAUUAAAUUUGAAAGGUGUUUUGCUUUUAACUGUGGAGAAGACAGAGGAAGGUUAACAUAAUGGAUCAAAUAUGUGGCUAGUGUAACUAGGUCAGCUGAGUUCCCCUAGUGAUAAAUUGGACUCAUUAAUGGGCUCCUGCUUUUCCUUACAAGGAUGAGCUGGUAAUAGCAGAGUGAAGCUGUUGCUAUGAGAUGUCUCAAAGGGUAAAAGCUAAAAUGGGAAACAAAAGCAGUUUUCCAUUUGAUUAAAAAUGGGUCAAUCACAGCCUUAUUUUGUUUUCACAGUACUGGUAGGAGGCUCUGCUGCUCCAUAACUGUUUGCUCUUUCCACGAAAACAGCAGCACUGCCUCUAAAGAGCCCCAUUACCUAACUGCAAAGAAGCGUUCUUCCCUCUCAGCACUGUGACCAGGAGCUGCCAGAGCCAGCAUCUGGAGACAGAGACUGGGCAAGGAAAAGCCCUUGUAAUAACUCAUGGUGUCUGAGCUGCCCCUCAGCCAGUGGUCUUCACCCGCUGCUGAUGAGCUUUGUGAAACAGGCUUGAAUCUGAUGUAGCAAACAAAUUUGGCUCCUUUGACUGCUAUGUCAGGUACCAGUUGAAAAAGAGCACUGUGCAGUCAGUUUGGCCUGACUACGAGCUCUGGAAGGAUGCUUCAGGUGAUGCAUUUCUUUUUAAUAAAUAAUGCACAAUGAAAUUUCUAUGUCACACGUGAUUGUCUCCUCAGAACUUCACGACAACUGGUAUGAGCUACUUUUGCAAAAUACCCCUGAGGGUCUCUCCUGUUGGCCAUAUCCAGGGCAUUCAAUCAGUUUUCCACGUGCUGAGGCUGCCAAACUUCACACCUUAUGUCCUCUUUCCAAGUGGUGACCACCAGCAAAGCAGCUAGUGGGGAUCUACCCUCUCAUUCUAGGGGUCAGCUUCCCAUCCUGCUGCUAAAUUUUGUUCUGUUUUGUCUUAUGUAAGAUUAAAUGAAUAUGAAAAGAGCUUAUAAUUUGCUCUUUUCUCAUCUAUCUCAGGUAGCUAUGACUUUGAAGCUGUGCCAUAAACUUUUUAUACGCCACUGUUUGUAACUGCUUGGAGUCUGGAUGCAGCUGUGAAUGCUGUGAUGCAUAAGGAGGCAGCAGGCUUCCUUUGGAUAUGCUGUGGAGGUAGCUUGUGUUACAAAUAAGUUCUGAAAAUGCUGGCCAUGCAGUUCUUUUUUUACUUCAGACCAUAAUCACACGGAGACUGUCUGGGAUCCAGUACCCAGAAAGAUUUCACAGUCCCACUGAACUGCAGCUUGUUUAGGUGGUGUUGAAAUCACUUCUGCCCCCUGCACUGUGAAAUGUGAGUAAUGUUAAGUAGCACUAAUUUGCACAGAGAAAAAUAAACUGUGAGAUUUGUAAAGCACA